CUCGAGAAUAAAGACGACAUGGUGGUCUGUUACCUGUUGUUGAUCCUUAUUGGCUUCACUUCGGCCGCUGAAGAGUUCUACUCUUCGAUAGAUCAAAUGAAAGAGCUGCUACACACAGAGAAGGACCUGGUCACCUCACUGGAGAAUUACAUUCAAGCUGAGGAGCUUAAAUUGGAGCAGAUCAAAAGUUGGGCUCAGAAGCUGGCCAACCUCUCGGCAUUUGCCAUCCAGGACCCCGAAGGCUUCCUUGGCCAUCCUGUGAACGCCUUUAAACUUCUAAAAAGACUCAACAAAGAUUGGAGUGAGCUGGAGAUCCUGGUGCUCACCAACUUGUCCGAGGCUUUCAUCUCCAAACUCAGCAUUGGCAGGCAGAACUUUCCCAAAGAGGGUGAACAGACAGGUGCUGCUGAAGCCCUGCUGAGGCUGCAGGACACGUACGAGCUAGACACCAACACCCUUGCCAAAGGAGAGCUGCCAGGAAUCUCUCAGUUCCGGGGCAGCCUGACGGUGGACGACUGCUACGACCUGGGCAUCAUGGCGUACAACAAGAAUGACUUCUACCACACAGUGCUGUGGCUGUCUCAGGCUUUCCGGCAACUGGAGCAGGGCGAGACUCCAGUAACUGUGGGUGCUGUCACAAUUCUGGAUUAUCUCAGCUUCUCCUUCUACAAGCAAGGAGAUCUACAGCGUGCCUCGGAGUUCACCAAGAAGCUGCUGGAGAUUGAUCCAGUACACGACCGAGCCAUCAAGAACCAAAAGUAUUAUGAAUUCCAUCUGGAACAACAAAAGACAGGCCAGGAGACUACGGAAACACCCAAGACAGGACGCACUAAGCACAACGCUGUGUACGAGCGGUUAUGUCGUGGCGACAGCAUCGAGUUGACACCGCAUCGACGGAGCGGACUCUUUUGUCGCUACCAUGACAACCACCGCCAUCCCAAUCUAGUGAUUGGUCCAGUGAAAGAGGAAGACGUGUGGGACCAACCCCACAUCGUCCGCUAUCAUGACGUGGCAUCAGAGGAGGACAUGGAAAUGAUCAGAGAGUGGGCCAAACCUAAACUUAAGCGCUCCAAAGUCAAUGACUAUAAGAAUAACCAAAGUCGUGUAUCUACCGUCAGGGUCUCCCAAAAUGCCUGGAUGGACGACACAUACGCGGUUGCGAACAGGUUGUCCAAGAGAGUGGGCUACGUAACAGGCCUGGAAAUGACCACUGCAGAGCAGAUGCAGGUCGUCAACUAUGGCGUCGGAGGACAGUACGAACCACAUGUAGACUUUCAAGGGGUAAAUAUAAUACAUACAGUAAAUGACGAUAUUCCUGAACCCUAUCCAAAACUGGGCACUGGAAACCGAAUCGCCACGUGGCUGUUUUAUAUAAGCGACGUGCAGGCAGGGGGUGCCACAGUCUUCCCCGACGUUGGUGCAAUUGUCGAACCCAUAAAGGGCUCAGCUGUGUUGUGGUACAAUCUUUAUCUUAAUGGAAAGGGAGACUAUCGGACCAGACACGCCGCAUGUCCUGUCCUUGUGGGGAGCAAGUGGGUGGCAAACAAGUGGAUGCACGAGCGAGGUCAGGAAUUCAGGAGGCGCUGCAGUCUGGAAAACUCUUAG